CGUGGGUGCCCCUCCCCUCUUGUUUACCUGUUCGCUUCUCCUCCCUUCUGUUUUAUAUCCGCGCGCGCGCGCAGAUUCCUUCACACCGCCAAUCGGCCUGCGUCAGCCGACGCGUAAGCGCAAGCGCCAGCGGCACCGCCACGUCGGCCUUGCCGGUGCCAGCUCAGCACCAGUGUACACGCACUGGAGUGAAGUUUCCCAGUCUUUACACUUGUCGACUCAGCGUAACUUCUUUUUCGAGUGGCCGUCACGCCCUCUGCCCUCUGCUACUGAUUGCGUUGGUCUUCUGUUACACUCGUCGUCGACGAUGGGGUGGGUUACUGAAGGCGCGCUCCAAGGUCUAGUCACGGUCAGUGUUCUCGGGGCUUUCAAGCGAGGAGGGCUUAUCAGAAUUCAUCCAGAGAAUGUACAAAAUGCGAAUGCGAGGAAGCUGUUCGAGGCAGCCAUUUGGGUUGGAGAUAGUAUUGUGGAGAAGUCGGUUGUUGCAUUUGGAGAGGCAAAGAGGUUGGUGGCGAAGAAUGCGCCGGAUGUCGCCGAGAUGAUGAAAACCGCUACGGAGAAAGUCAAGGGUGUCACGAGUUCCGCCGGCAGUAUUGCUGCCAAGGCUGUGGAUGCAGCACCGAAUGUGAAGCCUCCUCGUCCUUCUUCCAAGGCUCCAUCGUCGUGAAGAUGCGGAACACAGAGGCAGAGGCAGACUCUUUGCAGAUAAUUUCGUUGACAUCUUAGGCUAGGGGUUUUCAGGAUGAAUGUGACAGAGCCUUGUGGUGGAUGCUCUCGUCGCAUUGCUUAGAAGAUAAGGAAACACAUUACGUUCGCUAGGGCAGGCAGAGGUUCGGCCUUAACAAAUCCCCCCCCCCCCUUCCUUUGGGAUGGAACGUAAGUAGACAAAAGGAAGGCAGCAAAGGGGGGAAGAAUGAGGACCGGUUGUGGAAUGGUGAAGCGGGAGGUGAGGUGAGCGAGUGGCAGAGGAAGGCAGUUGUGAACUGAACCUGUUGCACGGGGUUUGUAUAUUUCGUAAUGUGGAAUCAAGUACCAUGGAUUGAAGAUGGUUCACCCGAUCCUUGUCAUGAAUGGAGACGAGGAGGUGAAUGCUGCUGCGACCGCCAAUUCGCAGGUGUAGAAGGGGCUGCCCUGCCUGUAGCUCUAUGUCAGAGGGAAGCUGCAUGCCAUGCCUCUCAAUCAGUCUGUAUUAUGUAUGCCUUCCCUCUUCUGUACAGAUCGGAGCAGAUCUGUCCCGCUUUGGAUGACCCUGCUGUGGUCUCGUCACUUCAUUGCUGGAGAUGAUGGUUUGCUUGAUAUGAGCGCGUUCUCUCGUCUCUGAAGAUCAGGCCUCCGGUGGGGCAUCACGCGUGCGUUGGGCUUCUCACGAUGUACACGCACUCGAGAUGUACCUGCAUCUGAAACUCUCGACUGUAGUUAUGGUGAAGAUUUCAGUUGAAAAGGCCAUCACUAGUGCAAGGGGCAGGGGCACCCUUAGCUCUCUCGCUUGAGGUGGAGAGCUUGGAGAUGGGAGUGGUUGGUCUGGUUUUCAGACGUGGCCGCACGAUGGAAGGGUCUAUUCUUGUCACAUCGUAUAGUUUAAACGGAAGCCCUUUUUGCUGCAAAUGUUCCAGUGUGUCCCUGUGAUGGCCUGGCGUGGGGGGUGGCUUUCUCCUUAUGUUUUUUUUUUUUUUUUUUCCUGAGACAUGGCGGGGUAGUGUCGGGGGGGAGGGAAGGGGUGCGGAGGUGCGUUUUUCAGUUGGUGGAAGAGAUUAUGUAGCAGCAACUGACUGGUAGAUAGAUGCAAUUUGCUGGUCUGUUAGACACUGUACCAGCUCGUCUGUGUCGGUUAAGAUUUUGACACUGCAGUUUUCCACUUUUUUUUUGUUUUCUUCUUUUCGUUUUUUCUUUUUUCUGUUUUUUCUUUUUCCCCCUGAUUGGCUGACCGAUUGUGUAGUCAUUCUUUUUCAUUUGCUCAUCCGAGAGUUCGUGCCAUGAAAAUUACGACGGGCAGAAAGUUUGAACGUGAGUCCCGCCGUCUCGAAGCGCCGGAGUUUAUGCCUAAGCAGGGGCUGCCUUGUGGAGGGUCGGGGGGGGGAGGAUUGUUUGUGUGGGGAAGGGGAAGAGUCAUGUCUGCUUGUCGUUGACAGAAUGAUCUUUGUCGAGGUGGGGGACGUUGCUCUGCUCUUUUCUCUUCCAUGCCUACUUUUUAGUGCAACAAAGGACACAAUUCUUGAUGCUUGCAGUAUUGUUUGUGUGGGGAACGGGAAGAGUCAUGUCUGCUUAUCGUUGACGGAAUGAUCUUUGUCGAGGCGGAGGACGUUGCUCUGCUCUUUUCUCUUCCAUGCCUACUUUUUAGUGCAGCAAAGCACACACAGUUCUUGAUGCUUGCUUUUAACAGUUUUAUCUGUUUUAAACUCUUUUCUCUGGGGUGAAUUAGUGCAAAGCAUACGUUUUCGAGCCUUCUUCUCUGUGGUGGAUUUGUACAAAGUGUCGUUUUUUUAAUGUUCUUCCAUGGUAUAACAGCUAUAACAGCAGCAGUCGCUGUUGUAUGUGGAGGUGCUUUCUUACCUGAUCACCGAUGUCAAAGACAACAGCAAUUUGACUGUGGAAUUUGUGGGACGCCAAAAUUUUGUAUCAGCUGUGCUCUCAAAC